AUGGCCAGCUCCGACGCCUUGUCCGUCGUCCCCGCGCCUGACGCCGCCGCCGCCCCCGCGCAGCCGGCGGUCGCCAAGAAGCGGGGCAGCUACAACUGCGGCCGCUGCGGGCUCCCCAAGAAGGGCCACGUGUGCUCCAUCCCCGGCCCCCCUGCCGCCGGGGCUGGGGCCGCGCCGGCCGCGGAGCACAAGCCGAGGCGCGCGCUCCACUUCGACGAGGCGGCGGCGGCGGGGGGCGCGCUGGACGCGACGCCGGUGGCGGUGGCGUAUCCGGCGCCGCACCGCCCCCCGGAGAAGAAGGCGAGGGUGGAUGUGGUGGACGUGGAUGAUUCGGAGCCCGAGUCGGGUGCUGUCGUGAGGCAGGGGUUGGUGGCGGUCGGCUCCGGCGUGCGGGUGCCGGGGGAGGUGGUCAUUGAGGUGCUCCGGCGGCUCGCCCCGAGGGCAGUCGCGGCGUCCGCGGCCGUCAGCCGCGGGUGGCGUGACUGCGCGAGGCGGGUCUGGCGGGGGGCCGAGGAGCUCCGCCUCCGCGCUGCCGGCGUUAGCACCAUCGGGACGCUGCUGCCGCGGUGCCCCGCGCUGUCCAGGCUCGUGCUCCGCAUGGAAAGUGGUGUUGAUGCCACAAUGCUUGCAUGCCUUGCAUUUUCCUGCCCAAACAUGCAAUCUCUGGAGAUAAGCAUGGCUGAUAGUGCAGUCAACCGGAUGACUGGGGAUGAGCUUACUAGAUUUAUUUCGGAGAAGAAGUCUCUCACAGUUCUUAAAGUAGAUCGCUGUAGUGGUCUUGGUUUUCUUAAUAUAAACUCUACAAGCCUUUCAACCCUCUGGCUAUCAGAUCUUUCCUCCCUUACAAAAUCUGUCAUAAACUGUCCAAAUUUGAGUGAACUCUCGCUGAUUUUUUCCCAACAAGAUAAUGAUUCUACUGACCUUAUUAGUAUGAUGGAUAGUCUGGGCCGCACCUGCUCAAAUUUGAGAAAAUUGCACAUCUCCUCAAUUCACUUGUGCAAUGAAGCUGUGUUUGCUCUUGGGAGUGCUAAUCUCAGGGGUUUGUGCAUGCUGUCCUUGCUUCUAGGUAAAAAAAUAACAGAUGCAGCUGUUGCAUCUAUUGUUCGUUCUUUUACAAGCUUGGAGUUGCUUGAUUUAAGCGGAUCUUGUAUCACUGAUAAUGGGCUUGGGAUGGUCAGCAAGGCAUUCCCUGAUACCCUAACUAGACUGCUCCUUGCUAUGUGCCCAAAUAUCACCUCAUAUGGGGUCCAGGUGGCCACAGCGCAGUUGCCACUUCUUCAGCUCAUGGACUGUGGCAAGAGCUUAUGUGCCAAUGUGCAGCCUGAAGCACCCCGAUCAUACUUUGGUGAUCUCAAUGGAGGGAUUAGGUUUUGCUCGAAACUACAAAUCACAAGGAAGCAGCAACCAACUUACCAAAAGUUGAUUAUAAAGCAUGCUAAUCUGAAGAAACUCAGUCUUUGGGGCUGUUCUGGAAUAGAUGCCCUAUGUGUAAAUUGUCCAGAGCUGAAUGAUCUGAACCUCAACUCCUGCAUAAAUCUGAAUCCAGAACGGUUGCUUCUUCAGUGUCCAAGCUUGAAAGAUGUUCAUGUCACUGGAUGCCGUGAUAUGUUAAUCGGAGCAAUCAGAAACCAGGCACUGCCAAUUUCUAACCUCCCGUGUGAUGAGAAAAGCCUUAGCUGCUGCAACAUCAAUUGUCAAGUUCUGAACGAGUUUGCAGCAGCCGAGCCUCGCAUGCCUUGCAAGCGCCUUGCGGAUGGCUCGAAGCGGGUGCAAGUCCCACAAUUCAUGCUAGAACAGCAGUUUGAGGACGAGAAAUGGUGCGGCGAGUCGCGGCGAAGCCAGUGCGCGGUUCACAUCUGA